UACAGUUGAGUGAGCCUUAUUGCUACACACAUGUGGCUUCCCACAGGCCAGGACCACUUCAUAUAAAGAGGAGGAAGCAUGUGUCUCUGAAGCUCAGACCAAGGCCAGGAAGUGACUUAUAGAACUAUCUAAACUAUCAAUGGCAGCUAGAGGGCUCUCCUUUUCUGUUGAAAAUAUCCUCAGUGGAUCCUGCACUGGAACUGGAGGUAUUGAUAAUGGACACUUUCACACUACAGCAAGGAGACACUCAUGUGCUGGGGUAAUUACCAACAUGUCCACACCACCAUGCAGUCCACAGUCAACUGUGAGUGCUCCAAGCCCUUUGAGAGAAUCAUCACCAGAUGAUGAUGUUACCAUAUCGAGUCAAGAGUCGCCCAGUGAACCUACUCAAGAUAAAGUCGGAGGGAAUCCCACCCAACCGUCUAGCAGUGAGAAUCUUGGUGGAAUGAGAAAAGCUGCAAGGAUGCGUUUCAGUCAAGAGCAGAUCCAAACUUUAGAGCAACGCUUCCAAGAGCAGCACUAUUUACUACCUGCUGAUAGAAAGCUGCUAGCACACUCACUGGGCAUGUCAGAAAGGCAAGUAAAGACUUGGUUCCAGAACAAGCGGGCUCAAUGCAAGAGAUCAAGAAUACUAAGCAGUCCAUCUCUCCAGCAACCAUUACAAGCUCAUGCCACGUACAGCUUCACUUGGCCAUACUCUCUUCAUCCCCUUCCUCCUCCUCCUCUCUCUCCACUUGCCUCUUUCAGUUUAAUGCAGAGUAGUAUCGAGCAGAGACCUCUGUUGUUGGCUCAGACUUCGCUUGUUUCCUCACCUCCUCCACCUCCUUCUCUCCCUCUCCUUGCAAGGCAGUACUACGCUAGUUGUCAUGCUGGAACACAUUAGUCUUUGUUGACAAUCAUGCAGUGCUUUACUUCAUGCACAAUAAUAAUAAUUAUUAUUAUCAAUUAUGAUAAACAACAGCUUUAGUUUAUGCCUCUUUUUGUCACAACAUUACACUAUGCACAAUCCCUAUGUGUAUGCCUGCACACAGGACAAAUAUCACAAAUGAUUCUUUUUCACUGAAGUUUUUUUAAUAAUAAUAAUAAUAAAAUUAUAAACCAAGUUAUAAACCAACUUCCUGUCAGAGCAGGAAAUGGUAUCAAAAGGAGGUAACUGAUUUCUGGGACCCUGCUCGCUUUAAAAACCCUGAGGAAAGAAAGCACAAA